AUGCUUGUUGCUCGCUUCCCAGAAGAAUCAAAAACUUUUAUUGGUAUUGAUGAAACUAUUGAACCUCAUGAUCAAUCACAAUUUGAGGAUAUGUACAGUUUAAAUCCACCUGGUCUGCCUCCUUACAAAUUGACAUUGAAACAAAACUGCCCAAUUAUAUUAUUACGAAAUUUAAAUUUGUGUGAUGGUUUAUGUAAUGGAACACGUUUGACUUGCUGUGAUUUUAAAUCGCAUGUCAUUAGCGCCAAUAUUUCAGUUGGUCACUUUAAGAAUACACGUGUGUUUGUCCCUAGAAUACCAUUAUUAUCAUCCGAAGAUGAAAAAAUGCCUAUUCCAUUUAAAAGGACACAAUUUCCUGUAAGACUGUGCUUUGCAAUGACUAUAAAUAAAGCGCAAGGUCAGACAUUAGAUUUUGUUGGAGUUUAUUGGCGAGAACCUGUGUUUUCGCACGGUCAACUUUAUGUGGCUUUGUCCAGAGCAAAGAGUUCGAACUGUGUUAAAGUGCUAAUUCGACCCACUAUACCAGGUAGCGAGGACGAUCACUACACGGAUAACAUUGUUUACAAAGAAAUCAUCGAAAAAGCUACUUUAUGA